AUGUGGAGAGUAUGGUUGUUUUUCCUCUGUGGCAUAAUUCCUCUCCUUGAAAGGUGGCUAGGGAAUUUGCUGACUAGGCAAUUUGAAGGACAAGAUUCCAGAGGAGUUGCUAAAACUGUGACAAAGCAGCAAGUUGAACGCCACUCCGAUUUGGAGUUUCGUGAUACUGUGAUGCAAGAUGUUCUUGAUGCAAUGCCAGAACGUAUGAGGGAAAGUAAAGGAAGAGCAAUUUUGCAGCAUCUGAGUGAAGCAUGGCGUUGCUGGAAAGCCAAUAUUCCUUGGAAGGUACCUGGUUUACGUGUUCCAGUUGAGAACAUGAUACUUUGUUAUGUCAAAUUAAAAGCGGAGUGGUGGACUAAUGUUGCUCACUAUAAUCGUGAACGUAUUAGAAGGGGAGCCAGAGUAGACAAGACCGUAUGCCGAAAGAAUCAUGGAAGAUUAACCCGUCUUUGGUUGAAGGCUGAACAGGAACGCCAGAACAAUUACUUGAAAGACGGUCCCUAUGUCACACCAGAAGAAGCAGUGGCCAUUUACACGACAACUGUGCAUUGGCUGGAAUCUAGAAGAUUUUCUCCGAUUCCAUUUCCUCCAUUGUCUUACAAGCAUGAUACAAAGCUCCUUAUUCUUUCUCUGGAAAGGUUGAAGGAGUCUUAUAGUGUGGCUGUUAGGUUAAACCAGCUACAAAAAGAAGAAUUGGGUUUGAUUGAGCAGGCCUAUUAUAAUCCACAUGAGGCUUUGUCCCGCAUAAAACGUCAUUUGCUAACACAGCGUGCCUUUAAAGAAGUUGGGAUUGAGUUCAUGGAUCUGUAUAGCUAUCUGAUUCCUGUCAAUGAGUUUGAACUUCUAGAGAAGAUGAUUGAUGCGUAUUUGGAUCAGUACCUGUGGUAUGAGGGUGAUAAACGCAACCUUUUCCCGAAUUGGAUCAAGCCGGCUGACUCAGAACCAUCACCAUUGUUAGUUUACAAAUGGUGCCAGGGAAUAAACAACUUACAAGGGAUAUGGGACACCAGUGAGGGACAAUGUGUUGUCAUGUUGCAAACAGAGUUUGAGAAUUUUUUUGAGAAGAUUGAUUUAACCAUGCUGAAUAGGCUUCUGCGUCUGGUUCUUGACCAUAAUAUUGCUGAUUAUGUCACUGCAAAGAACAAUGUUGUAUUAUCAUACAGGGAUAUGAGUCAUACAAACUCGUAUGGGGUCAUACGUGGUCUGCAGUUUGCUUCAUUUGUCGGGCAGUACUAUGGGCUUGUUUUAGAUCUCUUGCUUCUUGGUCUGACUCGAGCCAGUGAAAUAGCUGGACCACCACAAAUGACGAAUGAGUUUAUUACUUAUCAUGACACCAGUGUAGAAACCCGGCAUCCAAUUCGAUUAUACUCGAGAUACAUUGAUAAGGUGCAUAUAUUGUUCCGCUUCACUCACGAGGAGGCUAGGGAUAUUAUCCAACGGUAUCUCACAAAACACCCUGAUCCGAACAAUGAAAAUAUGGUUGGUUAUAACAAUAAGAAAUGCUGGCCAAGAGCUGAUAGAAUGCGGCUCAUGAAGCAUGAUGUGAAUCUUGGAAGCAGUGUUUUUUGGGACAUGAAAAACCGCCUUCCUCGGAGUAUUACCACCCUUGAAUGGGAGAACAGCUUCGUGUCUGUAUACAGCAAAGAUAACCCGAACUUGUUGUUCGGCAUGUGUGGUUUUGAAGUGCGCAUAUUGCCCAUGAUAAGAAUGACCCUGGAGGCUUUUAGCAACUCAAAUGAUGGAGUUUGGUAUCUGCAGAAUGAACAGACUAAAGAACGCACUGCUGUUGCUUUCUUAAGGGUAGAUGAUGAACACAUUAAGAUAUUUGAGAAUCGAGUGAACCGAAUUCUCAUGUCCUCAGAUUCGAAAACAUUCACCAAGAUUGUCACCAAGUGGAAUACGGCGCUUAUAGGGCUCAUGACUUAUUUCCGUGAAGCAACUGUUCACACGCAAGAGUUGCUGGAUCUGCUGAAACUUACCAAACUUGUUGAUAUCAGGUUUCCCCCAGUCAUCUUCUACACACCGAAAGAAUUUGGAGGACUUGGAAUGUUGUCUAUGGGCCACAUAUCAAUUCCCCAGAGUGACCUUCGGUAUAGUAAGCAGACUGAUGUUGGGAGAACACAUUUUGGGAGUGGAAUGAGUCACGAGGAAGAUCAAUUGAUUCCUAAUCUGUAUCGGUACAUUCAGUCAUGGGAGAGUGAGUUCAUUGAUUCUCAGCGUGUUUGGGCUGAGUAUGCAUUGAAGGGGCAGGAAGCACAGGCCCAGAAUCGGCGAUUAACCCUGGAGGACCUGGAAUAUUCAUGGGGUCGUGGGAUUCCUCGAAUCAACACCCUUUUUCAGAAAGACCGCCACACCCUUGCAUAUGACAAAGGAUGGCGAGUGAGAACAGAGUUUCAGCAGUAUCAGGUGCUGAAACAGAAUCCAUUCUGGUGGACACACCAGAGGCAUGAUGGAAAGUUGUGGAACUUGAACAAUUACCAAACUGACGUUAUUCAGGCUCUGGGAGGAGUCGAAGAAAUUCUUGAACACACACUGUUCAAGGGAACAUAUUUCCCAACAUGGGAGGGUCUUUUCUGGGAGAAGACUUCAGGUUUUGAGGAGUCCAUCAAGUACAAGCAAUUGACGAACGCACAGAGAUCUGGACUUGAUCAAAUUCCUAACAGGAGGUUUACUCUUUGGUGGUUGCCUACUAUCAACAGAGCAAAUAUAUUCCGUGACCACUUGUGGCAGAAGAUACACAAGAGUGUGGUGAUGGAUCUUUGCCAGGUUUUGGAUCAAGAGCUGAAUGCCCUCAAGAUCGAAACUGUACAGAAAGAAAAUAUCCACCCUAGAAAGAGUUACAGACUGAACAGCUCAUGUGCUGAUAUCACACUCUUUGCUAGACAAGGCUGGCCCAUGUCAAAGCCUAGUUUUGUUGCCAAUAUUGAGCAGUACACCUGGGCAAGGUUUAUAGACUAUACUGCAGACAAUAUGAUGACCUAUCCAUCGCCAACGGGGAUCCUAAUUGCAAUUGAUUUAGCUUAUAAUCUGUAUUCUGCGUAUAGAAAUUGGUUCAGUGGGUUGAAGCCUUUGCUUUCUAAGGCCUUGAACAAGAUCAUGAAGGAAUCGGAUAAUCUGGUUGUGGAUGACACGAAUGUGUAUCAUGUCACGAUACACAAGAUAUCUGAGGGAAAUCUUACGACAAAACCCAUCAACGGUGCCAUUUUCAUAUUUAACCCGAGAACUGGGCUACUAUUUUUGAAGAAGUUGUUGCUCUCAUCCGGCCUUUGCCUGCUGAAGAGCACCCGGAACAAAUUAUUGUGA